AUGAACGCUAUGAUUGAUGCCUAUGGCGAAGACAUUGGCAUGGGCUAUAAUGUAGGAUGUACCUUUGGUGGAAUUUUCUGUGUCAAUUCAUUUCAUGACUACACUCAUAAUCAAUUAUGUCAAGUACAGCAUCAUCCUCUUUAUCUACCCAGUUUCAGCCUAGUGGAUCUUGAAACCAUGGAGCGCAUGUUCUCAUCAAUGAAUUCUGUCUCAUAUGUUAUACACUAUGCAUCCAGGUACCACUGGGCACAAUUCAUCAAUCGUCACUUUCAACAAUGGGAUGAAGACAAAUACAGUGAACUCAGCAAGUUUCUACUGAACAACUACAGACAAGCUAUUGGCAUUAUCAAGAAAUAUGAGGACAAGGUUUCCAGGCUCAUAUCAAGCCUGAACAUCUGUGAAGAUGAUUUUAAAUGCUGGAUUGAAGAAGAGAAGAAUUUUCUGAUGGACCUCAAAGAUGAACCUGUAGAACAUGUACUUGUGUGUUCAUAUGUUCAGGUGCUGAUGGACCUCCAAUCUGCUGAUCAAAAAUGGCAAAAGAUGUCAGAUUCAUUCAGGAAUACAUCACAUGCACACACCAUCAAUUAUGCAGAGGACAUGCAGCAGACAUCACAAUUGGAAGCUCAAUGCCAAGCAGCAUUGGAUGGUUUGAUGAUCUGUAUUUGUGUAGUUGCAGAUCUGGAAGAAAGGCUUGGCAUCAAAGAGAGAUGGACUCCCCAGCAUCCUGAAUAUCUGUCAGUGCUUGAGUGGAUUAGAUCUCAUAAUUUCCAAUGUGCACUCGACAAGUUGCAACAGCUUGUUGUACAGCGUCUACUUGAGCUUGCAAAAGCCAAUUUAUCAGGCACAGGCCAUCAAGGCAUGAAGCAAGGCAUCCACAAUCUAGCACCCUCCAUGCUACCUCCUACACCACAACUCACCUGGAAUGAUAUUUUUGAGUUGCUCAAACACUUGCAUUCUCAACAGGAUGUCUUAACUAAGCCCUGGAUGAUGAAGUGCUCAUACAAGGAGUUGACCCAUCUCAAUGUAGAGAUUUGUCAAUUGCAUAUCUUUGUCCACGACAAAGGGAUAUUUCUUCAAGAUUGA